AUAAAGAGAUAUUCUUACUAAAUUAAAAUUAAAAUUAAACCCAGGAAUUAAAUACCGGAAGUGGUGCAGAUUCGGAAUAGAAAGUGCGAGAGAUUAAAAAAACUGGCAAAAGAAAAAGCUGAAAAGAUCAGGUAUUUAAAGGGCCGUUACAGAAUUUGGAUUCAUGAGAGUGAGAGGAUGAAGCCUUCUUCCUUCCUUCACUAAUCCACUAACCCCCUUUUUCCUCUUCAUAUUUUAUUAUUCUACUUCCGUUGGCUGAUGGAUUGGUCAUCCCGUUACGAACGUUCAUUCAGUUAAAGUCUGGUUUUAUGGAAGGGUUUCUCAGGUUUUAAGCUUCUGCUCUGGAAAAAGCUGCAAUUUCCUGUCCUUCCCAUCUAUAUAUAAAGGGAUUGAUAGAGUAGUUAUGAGAGGAGAAGAGUUAGCGUUUGAAGUUGGUGGAAGCAUGGUGGUGGUGACUGUGAGAGAGUUCGACCCAAGUAAAGACACAGAGGGAGUGGAAGCCGUUGAAAGAAUAUGUGAGGUUGGACCCAGUGGGAAGCUUUCCCUCUUCACCGACCUCCACGGUGACCCUAUUUGCAGGGUCCGCAACUCACCUACUUUCCUAAUGCUGGUAGCCGAAAUUGGUCAAGAGACAGUGGGAAUGAUAAGGGGUUGCAUCAAAAUCGUUACAUGCGGAAAGAAGCUCCACAGGCACCGAAAGAACACCAGCGAACCUGCUUCCAAACAAGUCCCUGUCUACACCAAACUAGCCUACAUAUUGGGCCUCCGGGUUUCUCCGAACCACAGGAGAAUGGGAAUAGGGUUCAAACUGGUCCAGAGAUUGGAGGAGUGGUUCAGAGAGAACGGAGCAGAGUACGCUUACAUGGCAACAGAAAAGGACAACGUGGCAUCCGUUAAGCUCUUUACCGACAAAUGCGGCUACUCAAAGUUUCGUACCCCGUCCAUCCUCGUCAACCCCGUUUUUGCUCACUCACUCACACCCUCCUCCAACGUCACCAUCAUACAACUUCCCCCAAACGACGCCGAGUUCCUCUACCGCACCAAGUUCGCCACCACCGAGUUCUUCCCCCGCGACGUCGACUCCGUUCUCAACAACCACCUCACUCUCGGCACCUUCCUCGCCGUUCCUCGCGGCUCAUACUCCCCCGACACGUGGCCGGGUUCGCCCCGCUUUCUCGCGGACCCACCCCCCUCCUGGGGCCUCCUCAGCGUGUGGAACUGUAAGGACGUGUUCACGCUCCAGGUGAUGGGCGCGUCGCGCGUGAAGAAGGCCAUCGCGAAGACCACUCGCCUCCUCGACCGCGCCUUCCCCUGGCUGCGCCUCCCCUCCAUCCCCAACUUCUUCCGGCCCUUUGGGUUUCACUUUUUGUACGGGCUAGGAGGGGAGGGCCCACGGGCCCAGAAGAUGGUGAGGGCUCUGUGCGCCUUCGCUCAUAACCUCGCCAAGGAUAGUGGGUGCCAGGUGGUGGCGACGGAGGUUUCAGGGCAGGAGCCCCUACGCUGCGCCAUCCCACACUGGAAGAUGCUCUCUUGCGAAGAGGAUUUGUGGUGCAUCAAGAGACUCGGGGAAGAUUACAGCGACGGUGCGGUUGGUGAUUGGACCAAAUCCCCUCCGGGAUUCUCAAUUUUUGUUGAUCCCAGAGAGUUCUAAUUUUAAUUAACAACAUCCACAUCCACUCGUUGUUAGUGCAUUAGCCAUUACAAUCGCAGCAGCCUCUAUCCUUUCACAAAAGUAAAAAAAAAAAAAAUCUUAGCUUUAAAAUCUCGUAAAGUUGAACCGAAUAUCCUACUUUUUUUAUUUUUUUUAAUAUGUAAUUUUGUAAAUGGUAGUAAAAUGAAUGUGGGUUUUUAGAUCCUUUAACAAGGUGGUGUUUGUUGGCUGGCUUGCGGUGGUGUUGUUCCGAACAGUGAAGGGUGUGAGAGAAUCCGAAUAUCCCGUUUGGGAUUGUGCAUGUGGUAUGUGGUGAGAGUUGUUAAAUGAGAAAGGAAGGUUUGUUAGAGUAGAUUUUGACGUGGUUGAUAAUAAUAUGCCGCGGGUGGGGACCUUAACUUUGUUUUAUUGGGUUCCUAGUAUCUUUCUUAUUGAGGGUAGUGGGAAUCAAAUGGCGCCCAUUAAGUUCGACUGUAAGCCUCCUAAUAUAGCCAAUUACCCUUUUUCUUAACCCCCAUCCAGAGAAAAACAUUACUUCGACAUAUAGAUUCAUCAUGGGACAUACGCUGUCUCCUAUCAACAUUCCACCUCUGCUUCCUAUUCAUCAUUUUCUUUUAUUUCACCAUUUAACAUUCUUUCACGCCAUAAAAGAAAUAUAAAAACUG